AUGCCGCGACCAGUGCACUUGGUUUUACUUCUCUUAAUGGUGGUCUUGGUGGCCUCUUUGGAAGAUCCUUUAGGACCUGCUCGUCCAGAGAUCGCAUCUUCUUUAAACAAUGCUAAUGACUUAGAUGCUGAUGCAACUUCCUAUGGGUAUUCGAGACCCUGGCGUUAUGGAUGGUCAAGUGGAGGUGGAUGGCGAAAUGGAUGGGGUGGUGGGUAUGGAGGAUGGGGCUGGGGAGGAAGAGGAUGGGGCUGGGGAGCAAGAGGCUAG